UGCCUUCUACUACGCAAGCGACUCCGGGUAUAAUAUGGAUUGAGUAGGGCGGUUGUUCAAACGCUACAACCUGGGAUCAUUUCGUGACGAAACGGUCGUUGUGUGACUGCUUUCUUUAACAAACGUGAUUGUAUCCGAAAUUCCUCCGUUUCUUACUUUUUUUCCGACCAAAAGUGUGCAAAAAGUGAAUCUAGUGAAAGUGGUAUGUCGAUUUUCGCUUAAAUUUUGGCUUUACAAUUUUAUUUUUCAUUUUGGAUUACAGCCCUUUUACUAACAGAUUAUGACUUGAGAGCUACUGUUUCCAUUUUCUGCAUUUGGCUGCAUGUGGAUUGGUGUUAGUAAGACCUAGCAAAUGUGUUGGAGAAAACGAAAAUGAGGGUGCGCUAGCAGGGAGUAUGGGACCGCCGGGAUGGGCAUGCGCACAGACCCACGGGGCAAGUCUCGUCCGCUGACCACCGUUUCGGUACCACUACUCGUCACAUAUACUGUUGUUGCCUUUUUAGCCUUCUUAUUCUUGCAGACAGGCUUCUGUACCCAAACCCAAGAUGGUUACAUCCACAUUACAGCCAUUUUGGGUGAGUCGGUGGUUUUCAACUGCCACGUGGAAUUCCCGGACGGACACCCUGUGCCGUAUGUGUUGCAAUGGCAGAAGAAGGUAGGCGAAACGGGACAGGAUAUACCAAUAUACAUUUGGUACGAAAGCUAUCCAACUCACAGCGCGGAAGGUUAUAAAGGAAGAGUGUCAAGAGUAUCACCGGACUCUCCUUACGGAGCUGCAUCACUCAACUUGACAAAUAUUCGCGAGUCGGAUCAAGGCUGGUAUGAGUGCAAGGUGGUGUUCCUCAACCGGUCCCCGAACUCGCACAAAAAUGGUACUUGGUUCCACCUCGACGUUCACGCACCUCCCCGUUUCACGGACACCCCUUCCGAUGUCAUCUAUGUCAACUUGGGAGAUGCCAUCAUCCUCACUUGUACAGCCGAAGGCACACCUACACCCGAAAUUCUUUGGUAUAAAGAUGCUAAUCCUGUAGAUCCUUCAGCCACCAUAGGUAUUUUCAACGAUGGAACGGAACUGCGAAUCUCCAACAUACGCCAUGAAGACAUCGGAGACUACACGUGCAUUGCGCGGAAUGGCGAAGGUCAAAUUUCCCAUACGGCGAGGGUUAUAAUCGCUGGAAGCGCCGUCAUCAUGGUUCCUCCAACGAAUCAAACGAAAUUAGAAGGGGAAAAAGUGCAUUUUACUUGCGAAGCGAAGGCUCAACCUGGCAACGUCACCGUUAAGUGGUUUCGUGAAGGCGCCCCAGUUAAAGAACUUGCUUCGUUGGAGACGAGAGUCAACAUUCGGAGGGAUGGUUCGCUUGUUAUUAACCCCGUUAAUUCGGACGAUUCCGGACAAUAUCUGUGUGAAGUCAGUAAUGGUAUUGGGGAACCCCAAUCAGCGUCAGCAUAUCUCAACGUCGAAUAUCCAGCAAAGGUGACGUUUACGCCAACCGUUCAGUACUUGCCGUUCCGCUUGGCUGGAGUCGUCCAGUGUUACAUCAAAGCCAACCCCCCUCUACAAUACGUAACGUGGACCAAAGACAAACGCUUGUUAGAGCCGUAUCAGACUAAAGAUAUCGUAAUUAUGAACAACGGUUCUCUCCUUUUUACCCGAGUCAAUGAGAAUCAUCAAGGGCGUUACACUUGCACACCUUACAAUGCUCAGGGAACUCAAGGAUCUUCCGGUCAAAUGGAAGUUUUAGUUCGAAAACCGCCAGUAUUCACCAUAGAACCUGAACCGCUGUAUCAACGUAAAGUCGGCGAUACUGUUGAGAUGCAUUGCGAGGCACAAGAAGCCGAAGGGACGCAGAAACCAACGAUAGAGUGGCAAAGGCGAGACGGUAGCCCUUUGCCCCCAAAACGAUACAAAAUCGUCGGUGGAAACAUAACCAUCGAGGGUUUACGCGCCAAAGACUUUGGUUUCUACCAAUGUGUGGCUUCUAAUGAAGUGGCGACGAUUGUUACCUCGACUCGGUUAGUGGUGGAGGGAACGGAGCCUCAUGCCCCUUAUAAUCUAUCUGGAAAUGCGAUGGAAUUUGCAGUAACCCUGUCGUGGUUACCUGGGUAUAGCGGAGGGCCGGAUUAUAAACAGAACUAUACCAUUUGGUAUAGGGAAGCUGGAACUGCGGAAUGGUCCACCAUACCAGUUACGCCUUCAGGUAGCACUCAGAUUAAGAUUAAUCGCCUUUCCCCGGGAACUACCUACGAAUUUCAAGUGGUAGGGAAAAACGCUUUGGGCGAUGGUCUGAUGAGCAAAGUCAUCACCGUCAAAACUUUAGAUAUUUUAGACUAUAGUAAUAUUAUUUUGCCUACUGAUUCAACUGGAAGAGUCUAUUAUCCACCGAUCUACAAGCCUAAAGAACUCUUGCAUUCAGGACCAAAGCCAGGUAUCCCUAAAAAUUUGACUGUAACAGAAAUUAGUAACGGCUUUUUGAUUACGUGGCAACCACCUACAGAAAGAGCUAAUCUAAUUCAGCACUACUCAAUUAAAUACCGAACCGACGGUGGAUGGAAAACUUUGAACAAAGCUCAAAUUCGACCUGAGGAUACUCAGUACUUAGUUAAGAAUUUAGUAGGAGGUAGAACGUACUAUUUUAGAGUUGUAGCCUAUUCAAUGAAAAGUUUCGAAACUAGUGAAGAAGUGAAGUUUUCCGUGCCAGCCAGAGUUAAACACAAAGCGAUUACAGCGGGCGUUGUGGGUGGAUUUCUGUUUUUUGUCGUGGCUAUAAUUCUCUCUGUGUGUGCUGUAAAAAUCUGCAAUAAACGGAAACGGCGGAAACAAGAGAAAGCGUAUAAUAUGGUAGCUUGUCGAAUUACUGACUCCAGAAAUGGGGGAAAUGCAACGGAUAGCCAAGUGCCUUUGAAAAAACUUAGAAAAGGCCGAAUAUCAGGUUUGAGGCUCAUCGGUUUCAUCGUGAAUUGGAUAUGGCCUCGAGACCGAUGUCGAACCGGCAGCAGCUUAAGUUGGCAUCCCGAUUAUCUCCACUCUGGCUCUCCAUCAAAAUCCCUGGGUCGAAUAUCUCGAGCAGCAGACGGUCGUUUCGUUCUGGUGGAUUCCAUACUGAGUUUACGAACUGAUAGUCCUUCAAACGCGAGUAGCAGUGACGAUGGGGGCUUCCUGCCGCGAAAAGGGGUGCGUAAUCGUGCGUCUUGGCGCAGGCCAUUAGUCGGCUAUCCCAGUCAGUUGAGUCUGAGAUCAGACGCUUCGGGCCAAAGUGCUCGAGGAAUCGGUGGUUUUUUCACCAAUUUCGGACAGCGUGUUCCCUUGAAACCGAUCCCGACGAUUUACACUCCAGUAACACCGAAUUUCCAAUCCAGUUCUCCGGCAACAUCGAGCGCUUUGUUGCUGACUCCUUGGAGUCCCCUGUAUUUCAGCGAUUUGAGUUCUGUCCGUUACACGAGUUCGGGGGAGCGCUCUUAUCCCACUCCGCCCGGAUUUAUGCAACUGCGCUCGGUCCACGAGCGCUAUUCGCAGGAGUUGCCCCCUCUGCGUGCCAUCCAUGAAGAGUCUCAAGGUUUUAUCCCGGUUCACCCGAUCAGAGAAAGCCCCACACAACGUAGCAGAAUUCCUCCGAGGCCACGAGCGAGACUCUUGCCCCGCCAUGCUAGAAUCGCUCGAAGUGCUCCUGAGUUAGGGUCACCUGACCAUUUAGACCGCUCUCCGGAGAGCAGGUCCAGUUCGAGUGGGUUUGGUAGCAAGAAUACUUCCUCUCAACAGAAUCAUAGUUCUCAAAGCGGUAGCACUUUUACCGAGUGGAGGUCUCCGCCGUAUAGGCCGCCACCGCCGCCUCCUUCAGCUUUGCCGCCUCCACCACCCCUCGUUGGACAUUGGAUGGAGUUGGCCUCGUCGUCACCGUCGACCUCGGACCAAUUACACAAAGCCGUGGAUGUUGGAAGCGUCGACGGUCAUUACGAAUUUGAUCCUUCAACGCCAACUCCGACACCGUCGACCCCCACGGGCUCCAGAGAUGUCGACUUGGAGACAGGUACCAGGAAGGGGUAUGGGACGUUGAGGAGUCGCUACGACAACAUCGAUGCCAGAGUCCAAGCGAUGAAAGAAGAAUUCAACGAGUUUAGGAAACGACAAGCGAAGAGAAGACGAAGUCACGAAUUGGAGAGUGCCUGUUGACAUUUAGUGUGCGUGAAUUUCUUGAUGUGAUCUCGACGUCAAAAAGCACUAAAUUUAAUGAAACAUGUUCUAAAUAAUAUUAACACACACGAUGAGAACCAAAUCCAGACCCCAAAGUUAUUUUUUUUAAAGGUACACUUCAAUUGAUACCUCGUACAUAAUCAGAAAGCUCAAUGAAUAGGUCAUUUUGUGUAAAUAGGCGUCGUCGGUUCGGUGCUGCCCCCACCUGACCACCUUUUGAUGAUCGACGCCAACCAAUAAUUCUAACGCUUUAGCGCGGCCUCGGCCGCGACCAACAUUCUACACGAGAGGCUGUUGCGACAUUGUAAUACUAGGUGUUUAGGAUAAAACUUGUAUAACGUACCUUCGCUCUAGGAGCAAAGCAGGACUUAACCUGCAUUUUCAUCUAUAAUUUUGAAUGUUGUACUAGCACUCUGGGAACAAGGAAUUCCUGGGUGAAAUUGUUUUCAAUUCGUUAUGAUUUAUUACAAAUUUUGUAUAGUGAUAUUAGUUUAAUUUCACUUUGUUAUGAUUAAGGUCUGAAAUAAGUACAAGUUAUAUUUAGUGCAAACUUUUAGGAAUGAAUGAUUCGAAUGGUCUGUUAAAACAUUCACGAAAUUCUAACAAUUUUAUUACUUGAGAUUGUAAGAGGCGAAUACAUUGCCUCAAUUAUUUACUUGCCUUUAUUUCCUAUUGUCAUACUAUAAUUUUUAAUUAAGGACGGAAACACAUUUUUAAAUACAAUUUGCAUGUCUAUUAGGCACUCGAUUUUUUCUAAGAAAAAAUAAAUUCGAUCCCAGUAAUUUCUCUGACUGUACAUUAAUUACAAAAUUAUAUCAUUUCACGGCACACUGGACUUAGCAGUAGCAUUUUUUAGUUAUAAGUGUUAAGUAGUAUAAAACAGUUGUUACUAUGUAACUACGCUGUAUAAAGCAUCACAUUUGAUUAAAAUACAAUAAUAAUGUUGCCAGAUCUCAUA